AUGGACACCAUGUUGGAAUCCAGACCCCAAACCCAGCAGAGGAGCAGCCAUAAUGGCCAGGAGACUAGUCUGUGGUCUUCAGGCUUUGGGAUGAAACUGGAGGCUGUUACUCCAUUCCUGGGGAAGUAUCGCCCCUUUGUGGGUCGCUGCUGCCAGACUUGCACCCCUAAGAGCUGGGAGUCCCUCUUCCACAGAAGCAUAACGGACCUGGGCUUCUGCAGUGUGAUCCUGGUGAAGGAGGAGAAUACCAGGUUUCGGGGCUGGCUGGUUCGCAGACUCUGCUAUUUCCUGUGGUCCCUGGAGCAGCACAUACCCCCCUGCCAGGAUGCCCCACAGAAGAUCAUGGAAAGCACUGGGGUACAGAAUCUCCUCUCAGGGAGGGCUCCAGGAGGGGCUGGGGAAGGCCAGACACCUGAUCUUGUGAAGAAAGAAGUGCAGCGCCUCCUGGGCCACUUCCAGGCCCCACGCCGCCCCUUCCUACUCAGGCUGUUCAGUUGGGCACUGCUGUGGUUCCUGAACCGCCUCUUCCUGAAUGUGCAGCUCCACAAGGGCCAGAUGAAGAUGGUCCACAAGGCUACCCAGGCAGGCUCGCCGCUUGUCCUCCUCUCUACUCACAAGUCCCUUCUGGAUGGAAUCCUGUUGCCCUUCGCACUGCUCUCCCAGGGCCUGGGUGUGCUUCGUGUGGCUUGGGACCCCCAUGCCUGCUCCCCUGCCCUCAGAGCUCUGCUGAGGAACCUUGGGGGGCUUUUCCUGCCCCCAGAGACCAACCUAUCCUUAGACAGCUCCGAGGGGGUCCUUGCAAGGGCUGUGGUCCAUGCGGCCAUGGAGCAGCUGCUAGUCAGUGGAGAGCCCCUGCUCAUCUUUCUAGAGGAGCCCCCAGGGGCCCCACGACCCCGGCUGUCAGCCCUGGGCCAGGCCUGGCUAGGACUGGUGGUGCAAGCAGUCCAGACGGGCAUUGUCCCAGAUGCCACCCUGGUGCCAGUGGCUGUUACCUAUGAUUUGGUUCCAGAUGCACCAUGUGACACACACCAUGCCUCGCUGCCUCUGGGGCUGUGGACAGGAGCCCUGGCUGUUCUGCGGAGACUGCGCAGCUGCUGGGGCUGCAGCCACAAGGUCUGUGUUCGGGUGCACCUCGCCCAGCCAUUCUCCUUGCAGGAAUACACCAUCAAUGCCAGAAGCUGUUGGGGUGGCCGGCAGACCCUGGAGUAUUUGCUGCAGCCCAUUGUGCUGGGCCAAUGUACUGUUGUCCCAGACACUGAGAAGGAGCAGGAGUGGACUCCAAUAACUGGGCCCCUCUUGGCCCUCAAGGAAGAGGACCAGCUCCUGGUCAGGAGACUGAGCCGGCACGUCCUGAAUGCCAGUGUGGCAAGCUCGGCGGUGAUGAGCACAGCCAUCAUGGCAACACUGUUGCUCUUCAAGCAUUCGAAGGGUGUGGUACUGUCGCAACUCCUGGGGGAGUUUUCCUGGCUGACGGAAGAGACACUGCUGCGUGGCUUUGAUGUGGGCUUCUCAGGGCAGCUGCGGUGCCUGGCACAGCACACACUGAGCCUGCUGAGGGCACAUGUGGUCCUGCUGCGUGUCCACCAGGGGGACUUAGUGGUGGUGCCACGGCCUGGCCCAGGCCUCACUCACUUGGCACGUCUGAGUGCCGAGCUGCUGCCAGCCUUCCUGAGCGAGGCUGUGGGUGCCUGUGCAGUCAGGGGGCUGCUGGCAGGUAGAGUGCCGCCUGAGGGGCCUUGGGAGCUGCAGGGCAUAGAGCUGCUGAGCCAGAAUGAACUGUAUCGCCAGAUCCUGCUGCUGCUGCACCUGCUGCCACAAGACCUGCUACUGCUGCAGCCCUGCCAGUCUUCCUACUGCUACUGUCAAGAGGUGCUGGACCGACUCAUCCAAUGUGGACUCUUGGUUGCUGAGGAGAGUCAGGCUACAUGGAGCAGCUGCUCCAGUUCUUGCAGGCCACCGCCCAGGAAGAAGGGAUCUUUGAGUGUGCAGACCCAAACCUCGCCAUCAGUGCUAUCUGGACCUUCAGAGACCUAGGGGUAAGAAGGGCCCAUGUUACCAUCCUCCUGCUCCCCUGCCCCCAGUCUCACCAACUGGUACAGCUGCUUGAGGAAAUCAGCUGUAUCCCCCACUCCAUGGGACUGACCUUCGUAACACCUCACUAAGGCCCUGGGAUUUACCCAGGAAUAGAUGUGGUAAUGGUAGAUUGGAUGUUUUCCCACCCCUCUUGGUUUCUAAACCACUGACUUUCUCUAUCCCAGUGGGGUAGUAGUGGUGGGGGUGGUUUGAUAGAUAUGAGGCAGCAUUUGUACCUAGACACUAAGGCCUCAGGGGCCAGAGGUCUCACUGCAAGGCCCUGGAGGCACAGUCCCCAAGGUGAGGGCACUCAAAAGUCCCAUUUUAUGGCCCAGGUGCUACAACAGACAAUGAGCCCUGAAGGCCCCCAGCUCCAUCUGUCCCCUACAUUUGCCAGCCGGGAGAAUCAGGACAAGCUGGAAC